AUUUGACUGAAGCAUUUGAAAGCUAGCAAAAUGAAAGAGCUUGUCUUAAAGAAAAUGACUCAGCUUGAAGAAAUCUACAGAAGUGUUCACAUGCAUAUUGACAGCGAUCAUGAGUGGCGGAUUCUCACUGAACUUAUUGAUUCUGGUAGAGCAGAUCUCUCAGAGCUGCUUGCAGAUAUGGAUGGCCGAAUUGCAGAAGCAAGAGAUCUUGCUCUAAGCAGAAAGGACAUUCUAGAAAAGGUGGAAAAAUGGACAUCAGCAACUGAAGAGGAGGGUUGGCUCAGUGAAUAUGAGGGGGAUCAAAAUCGCUAUAAUGCUGGUCGAGGAGCUCACAUAAACCUCAAGCUCACAUAA